AUGGCGACCGAUAACGAUCGUGGCUCGCCCUUUGCACCGCUCAUGGCUGAGCUGGCGCGCAUGAGGAACAAGAAUCUCAAGUCAGCAAUCGAUGAUGUAGAUAGUGUCAUAGAUCUUCUCGUCAAUGCUCGAGAUCAGAUCGCUCAAGAGCCAGAUAGAACCAGCAUGGUCAUGACGACACUUCAAAAUCCGGUCAAAGCCCGCUUCGAACGUAUAACUACAGAUCUGAAGGAGGUGACAAAGGCACAGAAGGGCUAUGGAAAGGCUCUUGACAAAGCUCUUCCUCACCGAGAACUUCCCAUGGAAACCGACGCUAUGGCCGACCAUCCGGGUCUGAUUAACAGAGCUAUAGCCAUGCAUCUCCUUAGAGAAGGACAGUUCUCCGUUGCGUCGACGUUUCUCAAGGAGGCUACUGACUAUCCUCCCCAUCGCGAAGCCCUCUCGGUCCCACGUACGGACGAAGACGGUGACAAUGACAUGGACGAUGAUGACGACGAGCUGGAAGAUGAUAUGGGUGGCCUGCAUUCAGAGCACCUCCAGUCCAAGUUCUCUGAGAUGUAUAACAUCUUAUCAGAGCUCAAGAACCACAACCUGAUACCCGCCAUUAAUUGGGCCAACACAAAUAGCGACAAACUCGAAGCAAAAGGAAGCACCCUGGAGUUUGAGCUCACCAAGCUUCAGUACGUAUGGCUAUUCAAGGGACCAUCUGUAAAUGGUCUGCCCGAUGACCCUGCGACCAACGGUCUGUGCGGUGCUGUUAAUUACGGUCGUCAGCAAUUCACCCGCUUCCAAAGCCGCCAUCUGUCAGAGAUCCAACAGCUUUGCUGCGCGAUGGUGUACGCAUCUAAUCUUGCUGGAUCACCAUACAAGCACAUAUUCGAGACCGACUCAGCCUUUGAAGAUGUCGCCAUGUCAUUUACACGAGAGUUCUGCUCCCUUCUCGGCCUAUCAGCCGAAUCGCCUCUUUAUGUUGCUGUCACCGCUGGCUCAAUCGCCCUGCCACGUCUGAUCAAGUACACAACAUACAUGAAGGAGAAGAAGACAGAAUGGACGACUGAGAAUGAGCUGGCUUUUGAGACGCCACUACCAGAGUCCAUGAUUUACCACCCAAUCUUUGUUUGCCCUGUGAGCAAAGAACAGACGACGCAAGAGAACCCACCUAUGAUGCUGGCCUGCGGCCACGUAAUCUGUAUGGAGUCGUUGCACAACAUUGUGAAGGCAGCGCGAUAUAAAUGCCCGUACUGCCCGACAGAGGGCCAACUUAAGGAUGCUACUAAAAUCAGACUGUAG